AUGACGAUCCCGCGCCUGGAGCUCCAAGCAGCUGUAUUAGGAACCAGGCUGAUGGACACCGUAAGACGAGAGCACGACGUAUCGAUCAGCAGAUGCGUGCUAUGGACUGACUCUAAGACCGUGCUGCACUGGAUAAGCAGCACCCACCGGCGGUAUAAGCAGUUCGUUGGAAACCGGGUGGCGGAGAUCUUAGAGUCAACGGAGGUGUCUCAAUGGAGGUGGAUACCGUCUGCCGAAAACGUGGCAGAUGACGCGACGAGGCCACAGCGCCAUGUGGACCUCAGCCAAGGGGCAAGGUGGAUGAGCGGGCCAUCAUUUCUGCGGGAGUCGGAAGAACAGUGGCCCAAGCCAUCUCCAAGUGAUCGCGACAGUCCACACUCCGCAGAAGAAGAGAUGCCGUGUGAGUUUACACUGGUAAUUGCCAACGAGUUUAUAUUUUUGCAGAGAUUUUCGAAUUAUAAUCGAUUGGUCAGGACCACAGCGUGGAUCCUCAGGUUCAUACGACGGUGCCGUGGAUUGAGUGACGAGAGUGAGGCCUACGGUAUUACAGCUACUGAGUGCGCGGAGGCAGAACGGAAACUGAUCCAGCGCGCCCAGGCUGAUACGUUCGCAGAUGAAGUUCAAGGAAAGGCAGUGGCGAAAGGCAGUCAGUUACGAGGACUAUCCCCUUACGUCGACCACGAUGGAAUCAUACGAGCGCGUGGACGGAUUGAUGCCGCCGAAUGCGUCCCAUUCAACGCACGGCGCCCGAUCAUACUGUCGCACAAACACGCACUGGCAGAGAUGAUAGUUCGUCACUACCACAGGAAGAUGAAGCACCAGAAUCUAGACGCGACCAUAAGCGAGAUCCGGACCAGGUUCUGGAUAACCAAUUUAAGGAGAGUUUUACGGAGUGUUAUGGCAACCUGUAACUUAUGCAAACUCCGGAGAGUACGACCAAUUCCGCCAUUGAUGGGUCCGUUGCCAGAGGACCGGCUGGAGCCGAAUGGAUGGCCAUUCAAGUAUACUGGCUUGGACUACUUUGGUCCGCUGUUUGUGACGAUUGGACGUCGCACUGAGAAGAGAUUGAGGAGCGACAAUGGAAAGAACUUUAUUGGAGCAGAUCGUGAGGCCAGAAAGUUCGAUGAAGUCUUCGAACCAGAAAAGAUCCAGGAUGAGCUGUCAUCCAAAGGAAUCGAAUGGAUCUUUAACUGUCCCGCGAACCCAGCUGCCGGCGGCAUCUGGGAAAGGAUGGUCCAAUGUGUGAAGAAGGUGCUCGCGCAUACUGUGAAGGAGGUGGCUCCUAAGGAACACGUCUUGGAGAGCUUUCUUAUUGAGGCGGAGAAUAUUGUUAAUUCUCGUCCGCUUACCCACCUUCCAGUCACUGUGGAUCAGGAGGCACCGCUAACGCCCAACGAUCUGCUAAGAGGAGUGGCUAAUGUUCCGGACCUUCCUGGAGAUCGCGGAGAGCAGCCUGUCAAGUGCGCUACUAGGAAGCAGUGGCGUAUCGCACGGAUGAUGAGAGACAGAUUUUGGAAACGUUGGGUACAUGAGUAUCUACCGACGCUUGUUCGCAGGGAGAAAUGGUGCGAGCAUGUCGAGCCUAUGCGCCCAGGGAAUCUCGUGUACAUCUGUGAUCCGGCCAUCCCUCGUCGAGAAUGGAGGAAAGGCGUCGUGGAGGAAGUGUACCCAGGAGCGGAUGGAGUACCACGACGAGCGGCGGUACGCACUACCAAUGGCGAUCGAGCUAAAUUAAUCAUGCGUCCCAUCUCCAGAUUGGCUAUCCUGGAUGUGGUGAAUGCAGUUGCUUCACCGGGGUGGGGAUGUCGUGGAACGGAUUAA